CAACAGUGAUGCAGAAACUAAUCGUGACGCUAUUCGCACAUACGUUGGUGCAGAGCUUUAUUAUAGCUGCUCCUUCAGAAGUUUUACCGGAAUCAUCGCUCCAGUUAGACGCUUGCGGGCAGAGCUACAAUGAGAUUAUAUCCAUAACGAAAUCUUGGCAUACAAAGACCUGCAAUGGCACUGAGCUGAGGGCGGCUUGUAUCGUUCCAGAACAUGAGCAAGCCUAUCUGGAGCUGAAGAAACGAUGCCAGGAGGCAUACGACCAGCAAACGACACAGUCGAAAGAUCUCAGCAUCAAGUUGCCCGAAUACAUGAGCAAGGUGAUGUCAUCAGUUAGUGUGCUAAGUCAAACGUUAAAAAAUGACAUGCCUGGCCUGGAGACAUUAUUUAACGGUCAGAAACAGCAACUGGAGAAUGCUUGGAAGUAUGGCAUACAGUUGCAGCGAGAGCUACUGUUGACGAGCAUUGAAUCUGACCGCCAGGAGUUGGCUUUGUUUCUCCACUCCAUCUUGUUAGAUUCGGCAUUAUCCAAUAUAUUAGCAGAAAGCUAUCGUUAUCAUGGAGCCAACAGCCGUAUGGUGGCUCGCAUAUUAAAGUUCGUCCGAUUACUUCCAGGAAGCGAAGAUCGCGUGAGUGCAUACAAACAGAUGGCCGAAUUAUUGCAAUCCAAUGGGCAGGAUGAGCGCUUCCCAGCAGUAAUAUUUUCUGUCGAUGCUAAAGAGAUCUCAAAUCACUAUAACCCAGAUCACUCACUGUUUCAAGGCAAGGCUGUUACUCGGUGGCAAUCACAGCUACUCGCUGGGAACUUCACCGAAGUGGCCUUGUUCGCACAGGACUUUACGGCUUACUACAUGCAGGUUGAAGCCGAUUUACUGGGUGUGUUAAACAAUCAAUGGUCAGUGCAAGGGCUUUCAAACAUGAUUUUCUUGCCCAAUGCCUUACCCGGUCCAGUGCAGCGUGUGCGAGCGUUCAAGGCCGUGCUAGAGGCAUUGCUGCAGCAUCAGGAUAAGCAGCACAAUGAUGCCUUCUUGAUGCGAUUGGCUCACGAGAUUUCUUUCUUUGAGUCGUCAUUGAACGUUGAGGCUCCUGAGGUUCGGCAGGCGCUCGAUGCGAGUAAGGAGCUAUUUAGUCAGUUCUCCUACAAACGGGACUUCACCGUCUACACGGAGCUAUAUGAGCAAUUCAGGGCAGCUAUUUGAAAAUGCUAUAAGUGUUUUCGUGAAUUUGUUUUGUGAGUAUGAUAUCGUUUUUGGUUGAAUAAAUAGCAUCCUUUCAAGUGCACAAUUGAUUACGUUUUUACGGUGCUCAAACUAAUAAUUUUAAAACAAAAGUUUCCAUUGAAUGGGCUUGUUAAUAUUCUUAGCAACACUAUUCGCAUUACCUUCUUUACAACAACUUUAUCUCUUUGAGUAGAUGUUGGUCCUCGGGCAUUUGGUCUUAUCAGCCACCAGUUACCUGAUAGGAGCAUUUUAAAAUGGAUGCCUAAGUAUGAAAAUAGAGGCAUUUCCGUCAAUAGUGUCCGCAUCAUGUUUAAGAAGAUAUUUAUUUGGACACGGUACCGAAAGGGAGAAAUUUAUUAUUUAAGUAUCGCUGUUAACCAUGGACCAGGAUGAUUUAAAAUUCAACUAUCAAUCACUAACAGUCAUAAUUAAAAUAGUAAAAAAUAUUACAUAAGAAUAUUUAUUUAGAAGAAAAAAAAGCUAUAUCACCGACAUAUGCACUACAAAAAUUUUUGAAUUUUGAAUUAUAGUUUCAAACAAAAACUGCUGACUAACGUGACAGGUGCAAAGGGAGUUUAAGACCAGAAUUGCAUAAACGUUUUGUCCGUUCUGAUGCUACCUACUAUAGCUCUACUAGCUAUGCGGCAAAUAGAAAUCUAGAACGAAUGCGGAAUCGACCAUUAUGAA